CUCAGUCUCCGAGCAGCCAUUGAAGGGGAAGGAACUGCGGGUGUGUGAGUGUGUGUGUGCGUGUGUGUGCGCGCGCGCGCGAGUGUGUGGACAAGGAGGUGGGGGCAGCCGAGUUGGAGUCCCAACUCCUUGGACUCCAUUUGCUAUUCUCUUCCCCCCCCACACACCUAUCUGGUGGCGGUGGGCGUUAUAUUUGCGUUUCUUUUCAUUCAUUUUCAAACCUUUUUAAAUUUUAGGGUUGGGGGUGGUGGGGAAAGGCAGGAAAGGGGAAGGCAGGAGACUAGUGGCAGAAGAGGAGGUGGAGGACAUGGAGAUGAAGAAGAGGAUUAACCUGGAGUUAAGGAACAAAGCCCCGGAGGAGGUGACAGAGUUAGUCCUUGAUAAUUGCCGGUGUGUCAACGGGGAAAUUGAGGGCCUGAAUGAUACUUUUAAAGAACUAGAGUCUCUGAGUAUGGCUGAUGUGGAACUAAGUUCACUGGCCCGACUUCCCAGCUUAAAUAAACUUCGAAAGUUAGAACUUAGUAACAAUAGUAUUUCCGGAGGCUUGGAAGUCCUGGCAGAGAAGUGCCCAAAUCUUACCUACCUCAAUCUGAGUGGAAACAAAAUCAAAGAUCUCAGUACAGUAGAAGCUCUGCAAAAUCUUAAAAAUUUGAAAAGUCUUGACUUGUUUAACUGUGAGAUCACAAACCUGGAAGAUUAUAGAGAAAGUAUUUUUGAACUGCUGCAGCAGAUUACAUACUUAGAUGGAUUUGAUCAGGAGGACAACGAAGCACCUGAAGCAUCUGAAGAGGAAGAUGAUGAUGAUGGAGAUGAAGAUGAUGAGGAUGAAGAUGACGACGAAGCUGGUCCACCUGAAGAAUAUGAGGAAGAGGAGGAGGAAGAAGAGGAGGAUGACGAUGAUGAUGAAGCAGGCUCAGAAUUGGGAGAGGGAGAAGAGGAAGUGGGUCUCUCGUACUUAAUGAAAGAAGAAAUCCAGGAUGAAGAAGAUGAUGAUGACUAUGUUGAAGAAGGAGAGGAAGAGGAAGAAGAGGAAGAAGAAGGUCUUCGAGGGGAGAAGAGGAAACGAGAUGCUGAAGAUGAUGGAGAAGAAGAAGAUGACUAGAUCAUUCUAAGACCAGAUUUCCUAAUAUUCUUCGGUUUGCGAUAGAGUGAUAGCGUCUUCUUUGUUCUUCAUGUAUGAUAGCUCUCCUUAGAGAAAAUAACGUGUAACUUUUUAUAGAAAAAGUGUGGUUUUACUAUUUUUGCCUUUUUAUCAUUCCAAAUAAUAUUAGUCUGUUUAAUGAUCAUAUUAUAUGUAGAGAAAAAUUUGCUUUGACCCCACCCGUUUGUGAAAUUCCUUAGAAAUUUACUUGGAAUCUUCAUUUUUCUAAUUCAAGCUCACUGCAUUAGUCAUUUUUAGCCCGUAAUUAAAACAUGGUAGCUUUUACACAGCUAUAGUAUAGUGCAUUUCUUUCAUAAGGUUUUAAAGUUAUUUAUAAACUAACUGAAAUCACAGUUGGCUAUAAUAUGAAAUGACAGUAGCCUCUUGAAUGAUGAGUUGGUUAUUUUUUUAGAGGUGACCCAGAGAUCUUUGGUUUGAAGGCAGUGAUAUUUUUUUGCUGUGGAUGUUUGGGUGCUUCUUUGUCACAAGAGUUACUUGGAAAGUAGAAGCAGAAUAGUAAUGGCUCUAUCCAGCAAUAGAGUUCAUGGAUUUUGUGGAGGCUUCUAAACCUUUUUAAGCCAGGUGAAUGGAAAGAUUUUAUUUUUGAAGGAAAAAUGCUUAUACUAAGUUCAGAGACAUGCAGGUCAACCCUUUCUUCUUCAGGCUGCAGAUCCUGAAAUGCCAGGGGUCAUUUGUUUUUAGGUAUGCAUUCUCCUUUUUCCUCUCAGCAAUUGCUUUAUGAUUGCCUUCCUCUCCUGUUUCACUCCCCUCCCUCUGUGUCAAAAAAAAAAAAAAAAAAAAAGUUGAGACACUUGUGGCUAUCCAGGAGAACCUUUAGUCUUAUACCUCAACCACCUUUUCGGACCUGUCUCGGUCUUAAACAAGCUAAGUAAGGGAAAUUGAAUAUUUUCUCAGAUACAAAUGUUACUAUCCAUGUAGUUUUAUGUAACAGGCUCUGCUUACUAUAAAUCUCUUUUGGUUGACAACACGUACAGAUGUUAUUAGCAGAUAAAGAAAGAAAAGACGCAAGGAGACUUUGGGAAGCAGCACCAAUGUUUCUCAAAAGUCAGAACAAUUGCCAGUUGAUAAUUAACGAGACAUUCAAGUCAAUAUUUUUAAGAUGGCUUCCCAAAUGAUAUGGAUACCACUCUACAAAAUAGUUUUAGUUUUCCUGAAGAGAACAUUUAUUCUUCCUGAAGUUGUAAAGGAUUAUCGGGUAUUACAACAUUUAAUUGCGCUCUAGUAGGCAGUUGGCAAAAUAUUUGGAACUUAAGAUUUGUUUUCAAAUGGAUGGCCAUUAAAAAUAGGAGGAUAUUUGGGAUAAGUGUGAGUGUGCCUGUAUGCGUUUUCUCGUAUGGCUACUAAAAGAUAUAAUGAUUAGACAAGUACAUCUCCCUUUUCAUCAUGGAGGCUCUUGUUUUUUAAUCUUGGCUAUCUAAAUUUCCUUUUGUCUUGAAUAUUUGUAAAAAAUUUUAAAGUUAAUAUUAGCAAAUUAAUUGACAUUAAGCUUCCUUACUGGGACACAUUUAAAUUACUGAGUAUAGUAUUUCUUUAAAAUACAUGAGUUUUGAGUUUUAAAGUAAAAAUUAUGAAGUUAUUUGUAGAGAAACUAAAAAGUUGCACAACUGACUGAAAUGAAAUUCUUGGGAUCAGUUUGGUGGGGGGAUUGGAAUCUUCAAAAGACUAACAUUUUACCUCUUUUUAAUAACUGAAAUGCCCUGUUUUAAUCCCUAAGAAGUCUUAUCACAUAGUAUGCCAGAUUAUAAAAUAGUUAUUUUUAAAAUUAAAUCUAUAUAUUGACUUUCUUAUCAAUCAUCUUAUUGUGCAAUCAAAAAUAGAGUUCUUUGGUUUGAAAACAACACUUAGAGCCUCCAGAUAACUUAAAACUUAUUUAGCUUUGUGGGUGGUGUUUUCAUGCAAAUAAGUAAGGGUGGGUUUUAUAUUUUGUAGCAGUUUUUGGUCCUAUUUUAAUGCUCUUUGUAUGGCAGUAUGUAUAUAGUGUGUCAAGUUCCUCAAGAAUCUCUCUUUAAAAAACUUUGAAGUUAAUACUUUUGUGCAACUGUGUUUUAAAUAAAGCCAUGACAGUGUUAAAAAAAAAAAAAA